AUGGAAUGGGGUAUUAAAGAAAAUCGUAUUGCUGUUAUUGCGUUAUUUAAGUGUAAUAAAACACCAUUAGAGAUUUUCAACUUAUUGAAACUGUUGAAAAUAACGAAAAAAUUUGUUUAUCGGACCAUAAAACGGUUCAACGAGUUCAACACUAUAGAUAACAAGCCAAGAAGUGGACGUACAUGUGAAAUAAGAACAAAUGCAACAGUCAAAGCUGUCGCACAGAGGAUUCGCAGAAAUCCACUUCGCAAGCAAAAAAUCAUGGAGAAAUGA